AUGGUUCAGCAACUGAAGGCUUCAAGGUCAGGAACUAAAGGCCACAUGACAAGAUCAAUAGGCCUGAUCAACGGAUACGCCAACAAAGUGAUGAACCAACAAGAGGCAAACAGUCUAGAGGUCCUAGAAGGAAAAUUGAAAGGUCUCUACGAGACUUACGUGAUCGCAUCAAGAGAUAUUUUGGAGAAAUUAAGAGCGAGCAAGGCGACGCAGGAGGAGCUUGAUGAGGAGCAGACCAUCACGCUCCAAACUCAAGAUGAAGUACUUGGAGCGAGAGCAAUCAUCAAGCAGAAGAAACAAGAAUGGUUGGAUGAUGAAAGAGACAGACGACUGUUAACGCUCUUCCAGGCAACAAAUCAAGCGUCCAAUCUAGCAGGCAAUCAAGCAGCCAAUCAAGCAACUAGUCGAGCACAGAUGGCGCAAAUCAUUGCCCAAAUCAUGGCGGCCAUUCCGGCACCUCCUGCACCAGUAAUCAACGUGACGGCAGCGCCAGCUCCAGCUCCAGCCGUACAGUCGACAAGAUUGCCGCAGCGACAAAUUAAGCAUUUCAGAGGGGACGUACUGGAAUGGACCCAAUUCUGGGAAUCAUUUAACGCAGCUGUCCACUCUUCAUCUCUAUCGAACGUGCAAAAAUUCGACUACCUCAAGGAGUAUUUGAAAGGUGAAGCGUAUCUCUUAGUUAACAAUCUUGAAUUAACAGAUGCGAAUUAUCAAGUCGCCAUCGACGAAUUGAAAAGGAUGUACGGGAAGACGGACGUCCUAAUCGACGCGCACUUUGCGAAACUGGAUGCCUUGCAGCCCGUAAAGGACGGGAACGACGUUCCAGCUCUGAGGAGCUUCCAGCUGAAUCUCCAAUCGCACAUCAGCGCGUUGGAAACGUUAGGAGUCCCCACAACAUCCUUUGGCGGACUCCUCGGAUCAAGAUUAAUCAAAUUAAUUCCUUCAAGGCUCCAGCUAGAGUGGGCGAAAUCGGCAACGAACAAAACCACAGACAUCGAAAUGGUCAUCAACUUCAUUGGAGAACAAAUCGAUGCAGCCGAGAGGUACAACCGGAUCAAAGGAGUGGAAAAGGAGAAACCAUCUCCAGCUCCUAAACAGCCAAAACCGGCAAAUCCACCGCCAGCAACGGCAUCACAACUGGCAGUAGGAGCCAAGGCAAGCCCAGCUCCUCAGGUUAAAUCCUCCUUAAAAACUAAAAACGUUAAAUUUAACCCAAGUUGGAUUGUAUGUGAAAGGCCCUGCAUCUUCUGCAGCGAAAUUCACUGGCCGACAAAAUGCCCAAAGGGACUGGCAGAAAGGAAGAAGAUAAUUUUUGAUCUUAAAAGGUGCGUCAAUUGCUUUGGAUCAAAGCACGAGCUGAAGGAUUGCACAUCCACCCGGAACUGCAACAAGUGCGGAGGAAGACAUCACACCUCUCUCUGCGACAAAGGAGACGUCCGAGUCUCCAACCCAACAACAGCAGCAAGCAUCGUGGCCAGCAGUCCAACUACAACAACUACAGCCUGUGCAAGCACCUUUGGACAAUUGAUGCUGAAAACGGCAACAGUUAUCAUCAGCGGCCAGAACGGUAACGAAACAAGAGCGAUUUUAUUUGCAGACGACGGGAGUCAUCGUUCCUGGGUGUUGAAAUCACUCUCAUCGCAGCUUAACAUGAAGACAGUAGCGGUGGAAAACAUCAGCACAAGAGUGUUUAAGAAAAAGGAACCCAGCAAGCCCGAAAUGACGAAAAACGUUGAAAUGCAAGUAAGGGGCACCUGGCAAGGCGCCCCAAAAGUUACAUUAAUGGCUUUAGAAUCAGAUCAUAUUGCAGAUACAGGCCCGUACGUAGGAAACGAAUUCGCAAGCAGCCUCUGGAUCCAAAACGAAAAAUUGGCCGACGACAGAUUCGAGAUGGCACACACCGAAGAGCAGCCAAUUGGAAUUUUAGUCGGAAUGGACCAGAUGUUCCAAAUCAUGUCGAAUGAAGCCGCCAUACAGAGUCCGUGCGGAUUACGAGCGUUUCAAACGAAACUCGGAAGAAUGAUUGCUGGACCAUCACAAGAAACAAAAUCGAAGACAGGAACUCAAGUGAUUCAAAAUUUAAUCUUAACGUCAAGUUAUCCGAUUCCACAGAUUACGUCAACAUUCGCGGCAAGUAGCCAAAAAAGAAAAAUCCUUUCAACUCAAGCAAACAAAACUCCAAUGGAAAAGGAGACUGGAACGGCCAGUCCCCAAACUCCGCCAAUAGGAGCGUCAUUCUCAGAUGCCCCAAACGGAUCCAGCGGAGAAGCAGAUAGCAAAUGGUUUGAGAAGGAAGAACAAGUUGCUACUAAUUUCGACCUUUCCCUUUUUUGGAAAAUAGAAAACUUCGCGAACCUUGAAGGCGCUGAUGCAGUGGAAUGGCCAGAUGGAAGAUACUGUACACCGAUCCCUUGGACUACUGACAAGUGGAGACUUCAGAAAAAUCUCCCGUUGGCCACCGGAAGAGUGGAAAGCACAAUAACAAGAUUGAGAAAAAAUCCAGGAGACUUGGUGAAUUACCACGCAGAAAUCCAAAAGCUCAUCGACAGCAAAUUCGUCGAGGAGGCGAACAUGGACUACGAAGAGCUUCACACCUAUCUCCCACAUCAUCCGAUCUUCAGAGGCGACAAAUCAACGACGAAAAUCAGACCCGUCUUUGAUGGAGCAGCAAAAACGAAAUUUGGACCAAGUCUGAACGACGUGUUGGAGACCGGACCAAAUCUCAAUCCCGAUCUCCUAUCAGUGCUAUUACGCUUCAGAAAGUACGAGAUUGCCUGGAUCGCCGACAUAGAAAAAGCCUUUCUAAACAUCGCCCUGCAGCCGGAAGACGCUGAAGCAAUCAGGUUUUUAUGGCCCAGGGAUCCAGCAGUGGCUGGAUCGCCUCUAAUUGCCUACAAGUGGAAGAGAGUGCCCUUUGGCCUUAGUUCUAGCCCCUUUCUCCUACGUGUUACAAUUAACAAACAUUUCAAAUCACUAAAGUCUCGUUUUCCAGAAACUAUUCAACAGCUGGAAGAAAGUUUGUACGUUGACGAUUACCUCGGCGGAGCAAACAAUUUAUCAAUCGCCAAGAAAAGAGUCGAUGAGACGGACGAGAUCUUUAGUGACGCCCAACUCAACAUGAGAAGCUGGGCAACCAACAACGAAGACCUCAAACAACACCUGAAGGAGAAAGGACUGUCGAAUCAAGUCGUAGGCCUACUCUCCCCAGCCUUGGACGGCCAACAGAAGGUGUUAGGAAUCCGGUGGGACACCGGAUCCGAUUCGUUCAAAUUCGACCCAGCAUCCAUCAUCCAAGCAGUGGAAGAAGUGGGAGCGGAGAUCACCAAAAGGAAGAUACUUAGUAUCUCGGCAAGGAUUUUCGAUCCAAUUGGAUUUUUAUCUCCCACUGUACUUUUAUUAAAGAUUAUUUACCAGAAGCUCUGGGAAAAGGAGAUAGGUUGGGACCAAGCAGCUCCAGCCGAUAUCCAAAAAUCUUGGAAGAUAGUGAUGACUGGUCUUGCCGAUUUCACCGAACUACAAAUUCCACGAUGGAUCGGACUAUCCGAAAAAGUCACUUCUCACGAAAUACACGUCUUCGGAGACGCUUCUGAAGCAGCGUAUGGAGCCGUAGCCUACGCCCGACUCCAAAAAGGACAAGAAGAUCCACUCAUCAUCCUACUGGCCAGCAAAACGAGAGUUGCACCUCUACCUAAGAAAAAAGUAACUUUACCGCGUUUAGAACUGCUGAGCUCACUUUUAGCUGUACGUUUAGGUGAAGUUGUAAAAAACGCGAUGCAAGUCCAGUAUUGGAGAACUAUCUACUGGUCGGACUCCUUAGUUGCACUAGGAUGGAUUAGAGGAGAGCCGAACAAAUGGAAACCAUUCGUCCGAAACCAAGUGGAGACGAUACGAAAAUUUUCACAGCCCGAGUGGUGGAGACACUGUCCAGGUCUCCAAAAUCCGGCCGAUCUUGCCUCGCGGGGAGCGCCAGCGCCAACGCUGGUAACCUCAACUCUUUGGUGGAACGGCCCGAUUUGGCUCAAAGGAGAAGAAACGGAAUGGCCAGAUUCUCCUAACGACCAAAUUCCACAAACAAUCCAGUCCGAAAUGGAAUCGGAAGCAAGGAGUACGACGGUCAGCACAACAGCAGCCAUCGCAAUUCCAACAGCCUCCGUCGACUGGAAUCUCGACAAAAUUUCCACCUGGAAUCGACUGUUAAGACGUACAGCCUGGGUCUCACGAUUCCUCAGCAGGAGUCAAAAGAAGCUCAGACCUCCCGGUCCAGAACGAAUGGAGUCGAUAAAGGCAAUUGGACCAGAUGGAAAAGGAAGUGGAAAAGUUAUCCGGAUUACAAGAUUAUCCAGAGAGGAGCUGGAUGAAGCGGAACUAACGAUCUACAGACAGCUCCAACGAGAGCGGUAUCCUAAGGCGUUUGAAUCGCUACAGUUAGACAACACAAUCCAGCCCAAGGAGAAAAUCGCUGCACUUUUUCCAAUCUGGGACGCCAGAGACCGUCUCGUUCGAAUCCAUGGGAGAGUAUCACUUGCCCUAAGAGAUAGAAACAUCGAUCCCCCAAUUUUGCUUCCUGCAUCACAUAUAGUAAUCACUUUCUUAAUUACAGACAAACACGAGUCACUACUACAUGCAGGAGCAAAAGUAACACUAUCCGAGUUAAAAGAAAAAUUCUGGAUAGUCAAGGGACGACAGCAAGUGAAAAAGACUUUGUUUACUUGUGUGGAAUGUAAAAAGCUGACAUCACCACCAUUCCAGGAAUUAGCAGCCCCUCUUCCUUUAAACCGACUCAAACAUGCACAAUCUUUUCACGUUACAGGAGUCGAUUUCGCUGGACCACUGCUGUACAAACCAGCACAGCGAAGGAAGAAAAGGAAAGCUCCACCAGGCGUCCAGGAUCCGACGCCAGCAGACGAUCCAACUGAAGAGCGAAUCGAGGAGCCACCCACGGAAGGAGACGCUCCAAUCGAAGCUCUAAUCGUAGUCACUCGAGCGGUUCACCUGGAAUUACUACCCGAUAUGACGGCGCGUUCCUUCUUACUAGCCUUCAGAAAAUUCGCAGCUAGACGAGGACCCGUCUCAGUGAUGUAUUCGGACAACGCGCAAACUUUCCGAUGUGUUGAACGAUUCCUGAGAACUAUCCAUGCCGAUCCAACCAUUCAAGAUUUCCUCGCGUCCAGAAAAACCCUUUGGAUAUUUUCCGCCAGCCUAGCGCCAUGGUGGGGAGGAUUCUGGAAACGGAUGGUGAGGAGCGUCAAGGAUCUGCUGCGACGCUCCAACGGUCCAGCCUGCCUUGACUACAUGGAACUGGAAGCGAGUCUAGCAGAAAUCGAGAGCGUAAUCAACGCCCGCCCACUCAGCUAUAUUGGGGAAGGAGCUGACGAUCCACUUCCGAUAACUCCAAACCAAUUUCUAAACAACAGACGUUCUACUCGUGCCGAUCCGGAGCCAGCCGUUAACUUGCUAGCUCCAACAUCGACCAGCAUCGUACUACAAGAGAUGGACAAGAACAGGAGGGAUUAUGUCACUGACAUCUGUGCUAGAUUUGUCGACGAUUAUCUACUCCAACUAGACAACUUCCACUCCAAGGGAAAAUCCGGAAGGAAGAUCCGCCUAGGAGAAGUCGUCGUUAUCCACGACGAAAACUCCAAACGACUCAUGUGGUCUACCGGAGUAGUGAAGGAACUGAUUCCAAGCCGCGACGGACUCAUCCGCUCUGUCACGCUCAAGGUUCCAAAUGAGCUGCGAGAAGAUCUCGCCGAAGACGUCGAAAUUGGAAAUCCGGAACCGAUCCAGGAGCCGGAAGAGGAUCCAAAUCCAACUCUGCCAGAGCCAGAAAUCGAUCUCGCUGUCGGAGACGCUACGCCAGCUCCCGAAGAACCGGAAGACGUCGUCGAAGAUGUCGAGCCGGAUGCUACGGGCUCUGGUGGGGAGCUUAAUGAAACAUAUAAAACUACCAAAAACAUAAACUUGGGAUAUAGUUCUGUUGUUAUAGCCCAGGAAUUUCUUUUCGUCUAG